AUGUCCAGGAAAAUGACUAUCAGUAGCACAACGUUCCCGCAUAAGGACAUUCACAAAUACACCUGGAAAUCGCCUGAUGGGCGUACAGUGAAUCAAAUAGGCCAUGUACUUAUAGAUACAAGAUUCAGAUCCAGUAUAGCGGAUGUGAGGAGCUACCGAGGGGCAGACUGCGACACGGACCACUUUAUAGUCGUCUCCAGGUUUAGACUCAAACUAAAGAAGAAUUACUCGACUGGGAAGACGGCAGCCAAAUUCAACUUAGAAAACUUAAAAAUCGAUGAAGGAAGGGAAAAAUACAUACAAGCAGUUGGAAAAGAGUUAUUAGAGAGACGACAACAUGAGGCCACGGAUAACUGGAUUAUGGUACAAGAAGCCAUAAAAAUAGCCACCAAGAACACGAUUGGAGAGACAAAAAAUCAAAGAAAACCAUGGUAUAAUAAUACAUGUAGGAACGCAGUAAAAAAACGAAACGAAGCAAGAUUAAAAUACCUCAGUCUCCAAACGCAAGAGGCAAAAGAAACCUUUGAACAUGAGCGAAGAAAGUGCAAAGGCAUUAUACAAAAAGAAAAAAGAACUUAUAUGAACGAUGUGUUACGUAGUACUGAACAAGAUUACUCACAAGGAAAAAUUAGACAAUUUUUCCAGAAGAUCAAAAGAUAUAAGAUAUUUAACCCAAGCUUGAAAGCUAUUAGAGAUAAGGAUAAUAAAACAAUCUUAAUGGAUCCCCAAGAGAAAACAACUAGAUGGCGCUAA